UCAGAUGUCAUGGAUCAGAAUUUGUUAAAUUUCCUUCCAGAACAAGAACAUUCAGAAGUGUAUAAAAUGCUUUCUUCCCAUAUGCUUGUGACAGAUUCCCCCUCCCCAGAAUACUUAAAAUCUGACAGCGAUUUAGAGUUUUAUUGCCAUCUCCUCAGAGGCAGCUGGAACCCAAAGGAAUUUCCAACUUAUGAAUACAUAAAAUUUGUAGGAAAUUUUCGCUCUUACAACAAUGUGCCUAGCCCCUCUUGUAACGGCUUCGACAGCACCCUUUCAAGGCCCUGCCGGGUGCCGCUCGGGAAGGAGGUCUGCUUCAUCGCCACCGUGCGCCUGGCAACACCCCAAUUCUUAAAGGAAAUGUGCAUAGUUGACGAACCCUUAGAGGAAUUCACUUCAAGGCAUAGCUUGGAAUGGAAAUUUUUAUUUCUGGAUCACAGAGCCCCUCCGAUCAUAGGAUACCUGCCUUUCGAAGUUUUGGGGACGUCGGGCUAUGACUACUACCACAUUGACGAUCUGGAGCUCCUGGCCAGGUGCCACCAACACUUGAUGCAGUUUGGUAAAGGGAAGUCCUGUUGCUACCGGUUUCUGACCAAAGGCCAGCAGUGGAUUUGGCUGCAGACGCACUACUACAUCACAUACCACCAGUGGAACUCCAAGCCCGAGUUCAUCGUGUGCACGCACUCGGUCGUCAGUUAUGCGGAUGUCCGGGUAGAAAGGAGGCAGGAACUGGCUUUGGAAGACCCGCCACCCGAGGCCGUCCACCCUUCAGCGCUAAAGGUACGCUGAUCCCCACCAGAUGGCUAAAG